AUUGGUUCGGAGUUCCUCAAAAUGGCGGCGCGGAAGAAGGCUCGCCGAGGGGGUGACGAGGCUAAGGCCAAGUCAUCGUCAGGAGAAGACGAACAGAAGAAACUAACAAUCAACAAGUGGGACACUGCAGCCGUGAAGAAUGCCUUGGACGAUACUGCUAAGAAGGCAAGGGAUGCUUGAUUUACACGUGUUGGUCACGUGAUACUCAACCCAGGUUUUGAUGGUGAACGAGGAAGAAUGUGUGGAAGAGUUCACAGUAGUGGAUCGUCGACUGGUGCUGUGCACCGUGGCGUGCGGGUUCUCAGCGUUUGCUCUGGUGUACGACUACCUGUUUCCAUUCCCUCGCAGCGAGGUGGUCCUCGCCAUGUGCGCCAUUAGCUAUUUCAUUCUGAUGGGGGUGCUGUCCCUCUACUCCAUCUUCUGUGAAGGCUCCAUAUUCAUGUUGGCCAGGACCACUGACACCACAGGGAAGAAACCAGAUGAGCUGUGGACACUUAGCUCCAGCCUCCUUCGAUUCAGUCAUCAUUACACCAUAACUGUCACUUAUUCCAACGGAGGGAGCAAGGCUAAGAACAGCUGCAAGAUGGAAAAGUCUGUUACUGAAUGGUUUGACGAGGAUGGUGGUCUGGUGUUUGACAAGUUUAAAACUGACUUUAGUAACCUCUGCUGUGACGCAAAAUCAUUUGACAAGACACAGUGACCCAUUCCUUGCUGUUACCACACUGUGCUCAUGCUGUACAUGCAAUGAAUCAAUAUUGGCAGUGAAACUAAAAUUUCAAUCAAUAGUAGGGGGAGGGGCCUGAGUGCCAUUGACCACGCCCCCAGAAGAAGGUGUGGUCUCCGGUCGGCUGGCGGAGUCAGUGAGAGGGUGGACCACAUGUUCUCCUCCUCUGUCGAGUACCAACUGGUUUCCAACUAUCUCAGCACCCAGGUCCAUGUGGUCAGGGGACACACAGGGAAGAGGGGAGGGGGAAGGGAUUGGUGGCAGGUAUACUGUGUCCCUGUCGUGUUCUUUUUCGGGGGUAGACUCCUCAUUAAUUGCUGGGUGAUUGUCUGGAGGAAGGUUCGACGAGCAGUGAAGAGUCACCAGACGAGCAUUGUGGAAGUCGGCAGGCAAUAUGUGUAGGAAUCUGUUUGUGAUUUGGGGAGGGUGUGAGGGUGGGGAGGGGUAGGGUGCCAGUAGAGGGUUCAGGUGGUGUGUCUGAGGUGAGCGAGGCACUAUCGGAUUGCCCAGAGGGUAGCGUGUAGUGUGACUGUGUGAGGAAAU